GUGUGGAGUUUCACCUCCAGUCUCUGACAGUGCAUCAUUCAAGGUAACAGAUAAUUAAAUAGAAGCAAACUAAUAUUCAUUAAUUUACUAUUAUUAUUUAACUAUCAGUGUAAUUUGUUAUUCAUUCUGUGUUUGUGAAAUAUAUUAUGAGUGCCUAACCAAAAGAAAGGAUAAGCUACAACCAACAUGUUGCAAUUAAUAUUAGUGGCUGUGGUGAUAGGAGUUCUAUUUUAUUACUAUGGCGUUAAGCCCCUUAGCUAUUGGAAGGAAAGAGGUGUAAAACAGACAAAUCCGUGGUGGUUAUGUGGAGAUAACUGGGGGGUGGUUCUUCAAAGACAAUCUUUCCCAGAUUUGGUUCUUAAGGGAUACAAGACAGCACCUGAAGCUAGGUAUAGUGGAAUGUAUCAAUUUACUUUACCAACACUUGUGAUAACAGACAUAGACUUAAUCAAACAAUUAGGGGUAAAAGAUUUUGAUUACUUUAUGGACCACCGUUCUUUUAUCCCGGAGAAAGCUGAUCCUCUAUGGGGUAAAAACUUGUUCGCCCUUACGGGACAAAGAUGGAAGGAAAUGAGGCCAAUACUUAGCCCAUCGUUCACAAGCAGCAAAAUGAAAUCGAUGUUUAUGCUGAUGUCAGAAUGUGGCGAAAAGUUGGUCAAAUUUUUUAUGGAAAAAGACCAGAAUGCUAUAGAAAUUGAAAUGAAAGACACAUUAACGCGUUAUACUAAUGAUGUUAUUGCCUCUGCAGCUUUUGGAGUACAGAUUGAUUCUUUAAACAACACUGAAAAUGAAUUCUAUCUCAUGGGAAAAAAUGCAACCAAUUUCCGUGGUUUCUGGAGGACUAUGAAGUUGUUUGGAUAUAUGAUUAUACCAAAAAUAUUUGAGUUCUUUAAAGUGACAUUGUUUGAUAUGAACGUUCGACGAUUUUUUACUGAAUUGAUUAGUGGAACAAUAAAGAUCAGGGAAGAGAAAGGCAUUAUUCGUCCCGAUAUGAUUCACCUACUCAUGCAAGCAAGAAAAGGAAUCCAUCAAAAAGAAGAAAAGGUUGUUGAUGCUGGAUUUGCUGUAGUACAAGAAUCGAAUUUAGAAUCAAAAGUAGUUGCGACAGAAAUGACCGACUUAGACAUCUGCGCUCAAGCAUUGAUUUUCUUCUUUGCUGGAUUUGAGACGGUCUCGUCAACCAUGUGCUUUGUGGCUCAUGAAUUGGCCUGUAAUCCUGAUGUCCAAUCGAGAUUAAGAGAUGAAAUACGUGAAACACUCGAUCAAUGUAAUGGAAAAGUAACCUACGAAGCUAUGUUGAAAAUGAAAUAUCUGGAUAUGGUAAUAUCAGAAUCCAUGAGGAAAUGGCCAGCAGUUAUAGCUGUUGAUCGAAUUUGCACCAAACCAUACACACUCGAACCAGCAACACUCGAUGAGAAGCCCCUCCACUUAGACAAAGGCACCAUAAUCUGGUUCCCCAUUUACGGUCUCCACCGCGAUCCUAAACACUACCCAGACCCAGAACGGUUUGAUCCUGAAAGAUUCAGCGAUGAAAACAAAGGAAACAUCAAUCCAUACGCUUACCUUCCAUUUGGAGUCGGCCCUAGAAACUGCAUCGGUUCCAGAUUUGCUUUAUUAGAGAUGAAAGUAUUGUUUUUCCAUUUGUUAGCCAAUUUUGAGAUUGUGCCAGGUCCAAAGACGGAAAUUCCUUUGCGGAUUUGUAAGAAACAAUUCGGUUUGACUGCAGAAAAUGGUUUUUGGUUCAACUUGAAGAAACUGAAGAAUUAGUCUUUGAUAUGUUUGAUAAAAGUCUUGAUAAAAUAUUGUUUAACCAUAUCUACUUAUUUGGUGUAAUGUAUUUUCUAGUCAUAAUUCUUUUAAACUUUUUCUUAACGUUUCAGCGGGCGCACCCUAUAAUUUCACAUGAGAAGACGCGUGUCGUAGAUUAUACGUCUUUGCGUAAAUAAUGUCUUCUUCAAAUAAAUGUUGGGAAAUUGUUACAAUGAUAUUUUCUUCUUCUUCCUGCUUCCUUAUAGGCUCGCAUCUGUUCUAUCUUCGGAUGCCUCCUCAUCAGAUAUCCGCAGGUUGUCCCUCCAUCUUUUCCUUGGCCUUCCUACACUCCUUCGGCCGUUUGGUGAUCUAUCUUGUGCAAUCUUUACUAGUCUUCCUUCUCCCAUUCUGCUCAUAUGGCUAUAUCAUUCUUUUUUUAAACUACAGGUUGGCUGUCUAGCAUAUAGUUAAAAAACUCUAAUAUGAAGUAAACACCACUUCUAUGUAAUAGGUAUAUUUAUUAAAAUUUUUAAAAAAUCACAAUGGAUUGAAUAAAAUAUGUCCAAUUCAGAACGUUUUCGGACCUAUCAGUCCAUCAUCAGUGAAUUCAAAUACUUGCUAAAUAAUGGAAAACGUUCUGAAUUGGACAUAAUUUAUUCAAUGCAUUGGAAUUUUUUAAAAAUUUUAAUAAAUAUACCUAUUACAUAGAAGUGGUUUUUACUUCAUGUUAGAGUUUUUUCUUUUUUUCUUUUCAGUAUCCAGUCAUUUAUAUUCUAUAUAUUACAGCUUUGCGUGAGGUCUGUGCUACGUUGUCUAUCCCAUAAUGGUUUUCCUGUGAUAUCUUGGACUAUUUUCUUUUCACACGUUUCCAUCAGUCUUUUUGUCCUUGUAGUGUCAGAUCUUGUUUCCGCAGUGUAAGUCAUAAUUGGCCUAACUACUGUCCUAUAGAUAUUGGCCUUUGUUUCUGUCCGUAGAUGUGUGUCGCGCCAGAUAGUGUGUUUAAGACAUCCUGCUAUUCUGUUAGCUUUGUUAACUUGUUGGGCAACUUCCGCUUCUGUGUCUCCAUAACUCCCAGGUAACUGAUACUUCUUUCUUGCUGGAUUAUUUUGCUGUCUACUUCCAGCUUGCACCUUAUUGGAUCUUUAGAGAUUACCAUACAUGUUGUUUUAUUUGGUGAUAUUAUCAUGCUGAACUUUCUUGCUGUUAUAUUAAACUGAUAUGAAGUCUCUGAAGGUCAUCUUCACUCUCUGCAAUAAAUAUGACAUCAUCUGCAUAGCAUAUUAUAGAGAUAAUUUCUUCACCCAUUCUGUACCCUAUACUCAGGUUUUUGACUUUAUGAAUAAUUUCAUCCAUGAUGAGGUUAAACAGCAACGGGCUCAAUGAGUCUCCAUGUCGUAUGCCUUUUUCCACUGGUAUCGGCUGUGUUAGUUUGUUAUUAACACAAGGAUAUAACAAAUUAUAUUUUACGAUAUUUUAAACUAAUAUUAUUUUACUUUUUCUGAACUUUCUGUAAAUUUCCCGACAAUUAUGAUUUAUAAUGAACUAUUUUAAAUGGGAAAUAAGCCACAAUUUUACCAAAAAAAAUGAAUUUAUUAACGUUUCGACGCCCAAGUUAAUAAAUUCAUUUUUUUUGGUAAAAUUGUGGCUUAUUUCCCAUUUAAAAUAGUUCAUUAUAAAAAUGCCACAAGGAAAUAGCUUCAGAACAAAAUUAUGAAUUAACACCUUGACUGCGUUAUGAGACAAAUAGACCUCGGUAUUAGAUUAACGGUUGGCUGUGGCGACUUUGUCGUAAUACACGGUGGCAAAUGUGUUAUACGGGACAUAACGCACUCAACGUAAGUUUAUAGAUAUCGCUAAACGCAGUCAAGGUGUUAAUUAGUAUAUUAUAUUAAUAGGCACGUAAGUAAUAUUUUCUGAUGUAAGGUCUAGUAUUAAGUAGAGCAUUGUAUAAAGUUCAUUUUGAUUUAAAGAAGAAUAAAAACGUUAAUAGUG